CAUACUUGUGGAGAAGACUGUUCAUUUGUUAACUGCUGAAUACUAAAGAAUUGUAUUGGUUCGUUCUGCUGUAUCUUCCGCAGAAAAUGUCAGACGACGUGGCCGAUGAAACAUGGUAGCCGUGUCACAUCCUACACUUUAAGUUGUCAUAAGAUCAUGAUAUGUCAUGUGAAAAGAUCCGUUUUUAAUAGUGUUCUUAACUAAUUAAUCUUUUUUAAGAUAGUAUUGUAAUUUAUUUAAUGUAUUAAUCGUAUAAUUUUAUAAAAACAUGGGACUGUGCAAGUGUCCGAAGAGGAGAGUCACAAAUCUGUUCUGUUUUGAACACCGUGUUAAUGUUUGUGAACAUUGUAUGGUUACAAAUCAUCCAAAGUGUAUUGUACAGUCAUAUAUUUUGUGGCUCCAUGAUCACGAUUAUAAUCCAGUUUGUACAUUAUGCUCAGCAAACUUGAGUGAAGGGGAUUGUGUUAGAUUAACAUGUUAUCAUAUGUUUCAUUGGGCAUGUUUGGAUAAAUAUGCUAGAGAAUUACCAGCAACCACAGCACCAGCAGGAUACACGUGUCCUAGUUGUAAAGAAUGUAUCUUUCCAGAUGGAAAAUUAGUAUCUCCUGUGGCAGAUGUAUUAAGAGAAAAAUUGGCUGGAGUUAAUUGGGCACGUGCAGGGCUUGGUUUACCACUGCUCAGUGAAGAGAGAGAGCAAAAGCCAGAACAAGAGCGCCCAUCAUUAAGAGUUGAAUCUACAUCAUAUCAAAAUCACACAUUGGCAACUUCAUCCCCAACAGUAGCUACAUCCCGUUCCAAUAGCAAUGCAAAUUCAGUACACACUAAUAUAAACAAUGUGCAUUUAAAUAAUCAAAAAAUUGGUCCUCCAUAUUCAAUUGUAAAUAUUGAUUCAUCGGUGGGAUUAUCCACACCAACUUCAAGGAAAGUUUGCGAGGCUUAUGAUGACCCCAAAGAAAUAUCAUUUGAUCACGAUGAAAAUAAAUACAGGAGGAAGUCAGCUAUCGAAUGGUUUUUAAGGUGGUGGAAACUCAUAGCGAGUCCACCGACAAGACGUAGAAAUACAGCUGGGCCAUUGUACAAAAGAUACGCAGUAAUAGCUGUUAUGGGAAUAUUAGCUUUUACUGGAAUCGUACUUUUGUUCUCUUGGCUUGGGAGAAUGGCUACGGAUGGCGAUCCGAGUUACGAUCUUCACGCAAAUCCUAAUGUUAGGGUCGACGAUAACCCUGCCGGUAUUUAAUAUACUCUUUGCUUUCGAGAAGAACUUUGGAAUUAAAUCUUGAAAGGAUAACAUGUGGAAGUAAUAACUAAUGCUUGUAAAAUAGCAAAAUAAUUAUCAACCACAGUCAAAGGAAUAUGUAUCGACUGAUAUAUAAUUUCGUUUUGAAAGAGUAAUUAGCUUAAGAUACAGUGUACUGUUAGCCUUACCAUUUGUUAAUUUUUAUGUAAAGUAUGCCUUAAUAUUAAGCUGUAUAUUUCACUCUGCAAAGACUCAUAAAUUUUCAACAGAUUAUGCA